AUGUGGAAUAUGAUGUGCGACGUGAUGCCGACGAUAUCGGAGGACAGCAUCAGCCAGAGAAGUUCUCAAUUUUCCGGCGAGGAUGCGAAUUUUGAACAGUUAAUGGUCUCCAUGCUAGAUGAAAGGGACAAAUUGAUGGACAGUUUGCGGGAGACCCAGGAACGGUUAGGAGAGACGGAAAUAAAAUUGAUAGAAACUGAAAAGGAACGGGACUCGCUCCAGAGACAAAUAGCAGCGAAUUUACCACAGGAAUUUGCCACCCUAACGAAAGAACUGAACGGGGCGAGGGAGCAGCUUUUGGAACGGGAAGAGGAAAUAUCCGAACUAAAGGCGGAAAGAAAUAAUACGCGGUUGCUACUAGAACAUCUAGAAUGUCUUGUUUCGAGACACGAACGAUCGCUGCGCAUGACGGUCGUCAAACGGCAGGCCGCCGCGCAGUCGGGCGUUUCGAGCGAAGUGGAAGUACUCAAGGCACUCAAAAGUUUGUUCGAACAUCACAAAGCCUUGGACGAAAAGGUACGCGAAAGACUGAGGGUAGCAUUAGAAAGAAAUACCUCAUUAGAAGAAGAAUUAGCAUCAACCAAAGACGAGUUACAAAAUGUAAAACAGGGAUUAACGACUACCAAUGUGGCUGCAAUAGAAGAUAAACCAAAAGAGAAUGGGCAAUUAUUGGAAAAUAAUGCGGAUCAAGUUAAUAACAGUCAUCAUAAGGCGGUACCGGCCAAACCACGACUAACAAAUGGCGGCGUUGAAGGCGAAACUGCUGAAAGUGCUGCCAGAAUAGCUGACUUACAACAGGCCUUAGAACAACAAACUUCCGAAAUCAGUACUUGGCAAAGAAGAGUGGCCGACAUGCAAAAUCGGGUGAGCGAGCUGGAAGAAAACCUGUCUAAGGCUCAGAAGGAACUGCUAAAAGCUCAAGACAUGAACGUCAAAUUGCAGAGGGAUCUGAGAGAGAACGUGGCUCAGAAAGAGGACCAAGAAGAACGGAUUGCAACAUUAGAGAAACGAUAUUUAAAUGCACAAAGAGAAAGCACGUCGCUGCACGAUUUGAACGAAAAACUGGAGCAAGAGUUGCAGCAUAAAGAAGCGCAGAUAAAGCUGCACGAAGAAAAAAUAGCCGCCAUUCAAGAAAAACUUGAACUGGCCGAACAAAAGUUGGCUCAAUACUCGAAACUUCCAGAGAUAGAGGAGCAGCUCAAGAUGCGCAUGGAGGCGCUUACGCAGGCUCAAGAACGGCAUGGCUCUGCAGAAGACCGAAUCCAAAGGUUGGAAGCCAAUCUGGACGAGAAAAAUGCCGAAUUAGUGAGGUUAAAUCAAAGACUGAAAAUGAACGAGGACCACAACUCUCGUUUGUCCGCUACUGUCGAUAAAUUAUUGUCGGAAUCCAAUGACAGGCUGCAAGAUCAUUUGAAAGAACGAAUGCACGCUUUACAGGAGAAAAAUAAUCUCACGCAAGAAUUGGAGAAAACGAGGAAGAUGAUGGAGGAAUUGGACCAACAAAAGGUUGAAAUUAUGAAAGAGCUCGCCAAGUCUAGGCUGGAAAUUGAUAAUGUCAAGCGACAAAUGUUGCAGCAAGAAAUUUCUUAUAAUAUUCAGCAAACAGAUGCUCUAACAAGGUCUCUGUCUCCAAACGCAGUGGAUCCAAGCAACUUUUCUCGUAGCGCAAGCCAUUCCAGUUUCGAUACGCAUUCCUUACCAAGGAGACCAAAUAAGAGCCGGACUCCUAUAGAAGAAGAUCCUAACAAAAUGGCAUUCGGCUCUAGAUCGAUGACGGAGCACGAAUGGGAAAAAAUGCAGCAAGCUCAUGUGUUAGCUAAUGUCCAGCAAGCUUUUGAUGUUUCUAGUGAUGCUGAAGGAGACGAUAAUGACAGUUUGUUCAGUAAUGCGGAUAUUCUUUCCCCAUCCGGUCAUACCGAUGCCCAAACGCUGGCCAUGAUGCUCCAAGAACAGCUGGACGCCAUCAACAAUGAGAUCCGGAUGAUCCAAGAGGAGAAACAAAACACAGAGGCAAGAGCGGAAGAGUUAGAGUCGCGCGUGGGCAGCAUGGAACACAUGAACCUGCUCGCCAGAGGCAGGAGCCUGGAAAGACAAUCACCCCCUGUAAGCGGUAGAUCGACUCCAAAAUCGCACCAUAGCCCUCAGAGGGAUUACAUGCAUAAGUAUCAUACGGCCCCGGCAAGUAUGUCUCCAGCCCAUUUGCAACAAUAUCACUCGAGUUUGAGCCCAGGCACUUUGUCCGAAUCCUUACCAUCCAGCCAGCUUCAACUUGCUCCGUUACAAUCGGACAUGUCAAGAGAAGAAAUGCAUUUGGCAGAAAACAGUAGCGGUGGUGGUGCAUCUCCAUUGACAGCCAGAUCGUUACGAUUGGAAAGAGUAGCUCAAGCACUUGCUCAUAGCCAAGAAGAACUAAGAAGACGAACUGGAGCUAGUGGCCUUUCUCCAGGAAUGAAUUACAGGCAAGGGCAGAAUACUCACACGCCACCAUCACCUCUGUCCUCUCGUCACAGCAGUCAGGAGAGCUUACACAAGAACGCCUACGGAGGCGCCACAGGCCUCAGCAGGGGAGACGUGUCGUCAGCAGCAGCCGCAGCGGCCGCCCAGAAAAAGAAGGGCCUCAAAAGCAGCUUGGGACGGUUCUUUAGCAAAAAGGAGAAGGUCAAAGGAAAGGACGUCUCCGAUAGUAACCUGAGCCUCAGCCAAAGCAGCAUCACACUUCCAGACGGAGAGCUCAGCGAUUCAAUGAGCAUAUCCGGCAAAUUGGGACAAAAAUCGGAGUUUGAUAGACGUCAAAAGAAAAAUCCUAGGGAACGAGAUUACCGUCAUGAACUUCUUGCUGAAGCGAUGAAAGCUGGAACGCCGUUCGCCUUGUGGAACGGACCGACAAUCGUAGCAUGGCUGGAAUUGUGGGUGGGAAUGCCAGCGUGGUAUGUAGCAGCCUGCAGAGCCAACGUUAAAUCGGGUGCUAUUAUGAGCGCCUUGAGUGAUACAGAAAUCCAAAGAGAAAUAGGUAUAAGUAAUCCAUUGCAUAGACUUAAACUACGCUUAGCUAUUCAAGAAAUGGUAUCGCUGACUUCCCCGAGUGCACCAAAAACGUCAAGAACGACGUUAGCAUUUGGAGAUAUGAAUCACGAAUGGGUGGGAAAUUCUUGGUUACCAUCGUUGGGGUUACCUCAAUAUAGAACUACAUUUAUGGAAUGUCUUGUGGAUGCUAGGAUGCUGGAUCAUCUCACGAAAAAAGAUUUGAGGGGGCAGCUUAAAAUGGUUGAUAGUUUUCAUAGGACAAGUUUACAAUAUGGCAUAUCAUGUUUGAAACGGUUAAAUUAUGACCGUAAUUUACUAGAAGAAAGAAGAAAAAACUGUGAAAAUACUAAUACUGACGUGUUAGUAUGGAGUAAUGAUCGUUUGAUUAGAUGGGUGUCAACAAUAGGGUUAAAGGAAUACGGUAAUAAUUUAUUGGAAUCGGGUGUUCAUGGUGCUUUAAUGGCUUUGGAUGAGAGCUUUGAUGCUAACAGCAUGGCUCUUGCUUUACAAAUUCCAACACAGAAUACCCAAGGUAGACAAACAUUAGAAGUAGAAUAUAUCAAUUUAGUGAGGUCGGCUACCGACCGGAGGCCGGAAGAGAUGCGCUCCUGA